AUGUCAGAUAACAAUCCAUCACGUCAACAACCCAUGACCCGAUCACAAACAGCUCAAGCACUGACAUCUAGGACUCAACAGAGUCAAUUCAGUCAAGCUGAUUUGAAUCGUAUUGUGUUGGAAUAUUUGAAUAAAAAAGGGUACCAUAAAACUGAAAACAUGUUAAGAUUAGAAAGUACCAACACUCCAACUACCGCAACUGGCUUACCAUCAGCUGCCACCACAUUACUUGCCAACCCAAGCGAACUUAACAGAGCUGAAAGAGAAAGAGUCACUAGAGAAUUGAAAGAUUUAAGAGAUAAACAAUAUAGAAUCGAACAAGAAUUGAGGGAUUCCAAAGAUAGAGAAAUAAUCUUAGCUAAAGAAAAGGAAUUAAGAGAACUCAAAGAUUUCGAAGAGAAAAGGAAACGAGAAUUUGAACCUGAAAUCUAUUCUGUGGUUUAUAAUGCUUUAACUAAAUGGGUAGAAAAUUCUUUAGAUUUAUAUAAACCUGAAUUAUCCAAGAUUUUAUAUCCAAUUUUCAUUCAUUGUUAUUUUGAAUUGAUUUAUAAUAACAUGCCAGUCCGAGCUAAAGAAUUCUUUGAAAAGUUCAAGUUCGAUCAUGAAAUCUUACAUGGAUCAGAAUUAUCAACUUUAAGUGGUAUUUCAUUACCUGAACAUUUGGAUGAAAAUGAAUUAGCCAAAGAUUUUAGAAAUAACAAGUAUAAAAUUAUAAUAUCCAAAACUUCCAUGGAUUUAUUGUUAUAUUUCUUACAUGAAAAUGAAGCUAUUGGUGGUACUAUAUUGAUUAGAAUUAUUAAUCAAUACUUAAAUCCAAUUAUUAAGAUUACUCAACCUGAUAAAUUACAAUUAGAAGGUGAUGCUAAUCCUGAAGAAGGUUUAGGAAGUUCUAACGGAAUCGAGAAAUUCAAUGAAGCCAAUAACGUAUUAUUAGGUAAAUUACCUUUAGAUCCGGAAAUUGAAGCUGAAAUCGAAGCCGAAUUAAAAGUUAAAGAUGAAAAGGAUAAAGAUAAUGAAGAUUUAAAAGAUAAGAAGACUUUAGUAGAAGAAUUCAAGGAAAUGCAAACUCCUGAUGAAGAUAGUCCUCAAAGAGAUGCAUUACCUUUACCUUUGAAAGAUUAUAAUGAUAUUAAAAGACAUAUAAAAGAGGUUGAAGAUUCAAGAUUAAAAAUUAAAUUGGAUUCUAUUCAAGCAACUGCUCCUUCAGUUUGCAUGUAUACAUUCCAUAAUUCAAAUAAUGAUCUUACAAGUCUUGAAUUCAAUCAAGAUUCAACAAUUGUUGCUGGUGGAUUUCAAGAUAGUUAUAUAAAAUUAUGGUCAAUUGAUGGAAAACCUUUGAAAUCAAUUUAUAAAAAAGAUAAGAAUAAUAAUGAUAAUACUAGAAAAUUAAUUGGACACAGUGGACCAGUUUAUUCAACAUCAUUUUCUCCUGAUAAUAAAUUCUUGAUAAGUGGUAGUGAAGAUAAAACUGUCAGAUUAUGGUCAUUGGAUACUUUCAGUGGAUUGGUUUCCUAUAAAGGACAUAACCAACCAAUUUGGGAUGUUAAAUUUUCACCUUUAGGACAUUAUUUUGCUACCGCAUCUCAUGAUCAAACAGCUAGAUUAUGGGCUACUGAUCAUAUUUAUCCUUUAAGAAUAUUUGCUGGGCAUAUUAAUGAUGUUGAUUGUGUUGAUUUCCAUCCAAAUUCAAAUUAUGUCUUUACUGGAUCUUCGGAUAAGACAUGUAGAAUGUGGGAUGUUCAAACUGGUAAUACUGUUAGAGUAUUUGUUGGUCAUACUGGACCUAUAAAUUGUAUGGCAGUAUCACCUGAUGGAAGAUGGUUAGCUUCAGCUGGUGAAGAUAGUGUAAUUAAUAUUUGGGAUUGUGGAAGUGGUAGAAAAUUGAAAACUAUGAGAGGUCAUGGUAGAUCAUCUAUUUAUUCCUUAGAAUUUUCUAAAGAUAAUGGAGUUUUAGUAAGUGGUGGUGCUGAUAAUACUGUUAGAGUAUGGGAUGUUAAAAAGAACACUAAUGAUUCAGGUCCUGAACCAGAAGCUUUCAGUUUCGAUAAUGAUGAUGAUGUCACAAGUAAGAAAAAUAAAAGAGAAAUCGUUGCAUCUCCUGAUCAUAUGACAGCUUAUUUCACCAAGAAAUCACCAGUUUUUAAAGUCCAUUUUACCAGAAGAAAUUUAUGUCUCGCAGCUGGUCCUUUCUUAGGAUAA